GAACGAGGAUGUUGUUAAACAUGGCGUAACUAGGCUAGCAACACAGUUUAUCAGAACGUGCUUCGCGUGUGUUUAUUUUGGCCACCACUCUUUUUGAUGCAAAACUGCUUUUAAAAAACCACGAUUGCAACUAGUGCAUAAUGUCAACUAGACGUCAGAGUGCAUCCAAUUUUGGUUCAUCAGAUACUGAUGAAAAAAGCAUUGAGGAUGAAUGUCUAAUGACCUAUAAGCUCAUUAUUGGCAACAUAAAGGAUAACAUCAAAUCGAAGGACCAGCUAAUCCAAAUGCUACACCAUGCUGGACGCAACCCCUCACAAAAGAAUCUGAAAUCAUACUGGAAGGACAGUACAAAUAGUCUGACUUUUCAAGACUUUUGCAAGAUUAUGAAAGAGGAGAAAGUUCCUACCGAGAAAGAUUUACAAAAAGCCUUUAAGAAGAUUGAUGUUAAUGGAGACGGAUUCAUUACUUUCAAGGAAUUGAAAAAAGUUUUAACAGCUCGAGGUGAAAAAAUGUCUGAAUCUGAGGUAAAAUCUAUGAUUAAUGAAGUUGACGACAAUGGUGAUGGAAAACUUGAUUAUACAGAGUUUUGUAAGAUGCUUUUCUCAACUGUGGAACAAUGCAAGAAAAAGGGUACCGAUAAGUUGAACAGAAGAGAACGCAGGCCCAAGGAAAGUAAAUCAAGAAAUGAGUCAUCUCGCCGUGGAAGUUCAAAGGGAGACACUAAACAAGAAAAACGUUCAAGUUCAACAGAAUCCAAGUCAAAGAAACGGGACACAAGUUCAGCGAACUCAAAGCCGAAGAAAUCAGAGCCCAUGAAAAUAAACCUACCAGCUGUGGUACAUGUAGCGCCGCGUGUAACAGAACCACGCACACUUAAGUCGUGGCACCACGCUUUCAGCAAGGGUUGCUUCCAUCUGGAGGAAAAUGGUGUUGUUAUUUCACAUCAAUAUUUAUUAGAAUUACCAACCACUACCAAUAUAUGGAUGACAAUAAAACCAUGUAUAUUAAGACCAGAUCAAAAGCACUUUGAUAUGCAUUUGUUUAUCUUGAAACAGAAUGAGGAUGGCACCCUUGGAGACUAUGUAGGAUACACACAUUUAAAAAAUCAACAGAAAUUCUGUCUAAAUAAAAGUUUCAAAGAAGGAAGCUAUCGUUUAAUCCCAUUUACAACAGGCUGUCUGUUUAAGCCUCGAACAAGAAAGGUGAAAGACAAGGCAAAGUUAGUUGAGCAGAGCGGUGAGGAGUAUCUGCUGACCAAAGCAUUCAAGGAUGCAUUAACUGAUGUAUUUGAACUGAUCGAUUUGGAUUGUAAUGGACUUUUGAGCCGAGAGGAGUUCAGCCUCUUCCAGUUGAGGACAAGUGGAGAAGCUGUGGAUGAUGAUGCAUGGGAAGUGGUGGAAGAAAAUUUUGAAUUGAAAAAAGGUGAAAUUACAAAGAAAGGUUUCAUGGAGCUAAACCAGAUGGAAGCAAACGAUGAGGAAGGAGACACAGAAGACCUCUGGGUCACUCUCAAUUCCAUGGGAUUUGCCGAUGACUUGAGACUUGAUGAGGCUAGCCCCUUUAGAGUUGACAUCUACUCUGAAAAAUGCCGGGGGCGAUUGAAGGUGCUUCAGCUUCAAUCGGGAGGGCGUGCUUUAGAGAAGGCUGUUUGUGCAUCUGUGAAGGCCACCGAGGAUAUACAGAUAAAUAAAUUGAGCAAGGACUUAAAUGCUUUGUAUUACACAGGAGACAGCCGUGUAACAGUUGUUAUAGAUAAUCAGACCAAUAGCCGUGCUGUAGUGAAGCUGGAUUGUGGGAAAAGUCAAAACUGUAUCAGUAACGUUGAUGAUAUGGAAAGGACCGUGCAGAUUCCACCAAUGUCAAUGAAAGUUGGACUUCAUUUACUUCCAAAAGAUGAAGAAGAAGAUUGGACAAUAAAGUGUCAUGAGACUGUCAACUAAUUUGCAUUCCUUUUACCCAAUCAUGUGAUUUUGAUUUAUUGCUUUCCAUGGAAAUUACCUU